AUGGAUAUAGUUAUAGGAAAAGUGAUAGAUUUCAUACGAAUAUUUUUUCAUCUUCGUUAUGUUGUAAUAUUUGGUUUACCACGAAUUUUUGCCUUAGCUGAUAAUAUGGAACCAGCAGAUGGACCAAUUUGCAUAAAUCGUUUAACACUUUAUUCAAAAGCAUGGCGCUAUUUUGAUCCUGGCCUUUAUAGCUUUUUUAAAACUUAUAUUUUCAUUCCAAUUUGUGCUCCAACAUUUUCAUUAAAACGAAAAAUUUUUGGUGUCAUUCUAUCAUAUGGUUUUGUUUUAUUAUGGCAUGGAAUUCAUUAUGCAAAUAUU